AUGCAGAACGACGCCGGUGAGUUCGUUGAUAUCUAUUUGCCGCGGCGUUGCGCUGUUACAAAUCGGCUGAUUGGAGCGAAAGACCAUGCUUCCAUCCAGUUACGCUUAGUUGAGCUUGAUCCGACAACCGGGCGUAUGACAAGUGCCAUCAAGACGUACGACAUUGCCGGCGAUGUUCGAUCUAUGGGUGAAAGUGAUGAUUCCAUUAAUCGGCUUGCUGUACGCGACGGGAUGCUUCCCCAGUAA